AUGGGCCCAAUUACAACCGAAGUUAAGAAACUAUCCGUGAACGAUGAAAAUAAGGACCCAAAGCCCCAUACUCCGAAGCGAAAAGUCCUGGGUGAAAUCACGCAGCAGCAGGAAUCUAUUCCUAAAAAUGAGGAAAAAGAAAUGACUAAAAAUACUGAGGUGGAACCACUGUUGGUAGAGAACCAACAGCGUUUUGUACUGUUUCCAAUCCAUUACCAAAGCAUCUGGAACAUGUACAAGAAGGCCGUGGCUUCCUUCUGGACUGUAGAGGAGGUGGAUCUCUCUAAAGACUUUGAACAUUGGGAGAGAUUGAAACCAGAGGAAAAGCAUUUCAUUUCUCAUGUGCUUGCUUUCUUUGCGGCUAGUGAUGGCAUUGUGAAUGAGAACUUGGUGGAGAGGUUCUACCAGGAAGUGCAGAUUGCUGAAGCAAGGUCAUUUUAUUCCUUCCAAAUUGCCAUUGAAAACAUUCAUUCUGAAAUGUACAGUCUUCUAAUUGACACCUACAUAAAAGAUAUAGACGAGAGAAACCGUUUAUUUAAUGCAAUUGAGACUCUUCCUUGUGUUAAGAAGAAGGCUGACUGGGCUCUGAAAUGGAUUGCUGAAAAUGUUCCCUAUGCAGAAAGAGUAGUUGCUUUUGCUGCUGUGGAGGGCAUUUUCUUUUCUGGAUCCUUUGCAGCAAUUUUCUGGUUAAAGAAGCGUUCAGUUAUGCCUGGUCUUACCUUCAGCAAUGAACUUAUAAGCAGGGAUGAAGGACUUCACACAGAUUUUGCUUGUCUUAUGUUUAAGCAUCUUGUAAACAGACCUUCUCAAUCAAAGAUCUAUGGCAUCAUCACAGAUGCUGUCAAAAUUGAACAAGAAUUUCUCACAGAAGCUUUACCUGUGAAUUUGAUUGGCAUGAAUUGUGAUCUCAUGAAACAAUACAUUGAAUUUGUGGCUGACAGGCUGCUUAUUGAGCUAGAAUGUGAUAAAAUUUAUAAUUCUGAGAAUCCUUUUGACUUUAUGGAACACAUUUCAUUGGAAGGAAAGACCAACUUCUUUGAGAAAAGAGUAGGUGAAUAUCAAAAGAUGGGAGUCAUGUCUGGAUCUGCCAACCACCAAUUCACACUAGAUGCUGACUUCUAA